AUCAAAAAGGAAUCAAACGAAUCGACCUUGUUACGUGGAUGUUUUUUUUUUUGUAUUUAUUUUAACCUAUUUAGUCAACAGUCAGUUUAGUGAAAGAUAAAAAUGAAUGAAGCAGAUAUUCCAAUUGAUAUACAGGUUGGAAAGUUACAGGAUUGGUUAGUUUCACGACGCAUCGUUAACAAAAAUUGGCACCAGAAUGUACGUGAUAUCCGUAGCAAAAUCAGUAACGCUCUUACGGAUAUGCCAGCUCACGACGGACUUGUGCAGUUGCUGAAGGGAGCCCAUAUCAACUACUUUCACUGCCAGCAGAUUAUCGAUAUCCUGAAAACCACCGAGGCUGAUUCCAAGAACGUGUUUGGCCGCUACGGUAGCCAACGAAUGAAAGAUUGGCAGGAAGUGGUAAAACUGUACGAACGGGAUAGUUUAUAUCUGGGGGAGGCGGCUCAAAUAUUGGUUAGAAACAUAAAUUUUGAAAUCCCCAGUAUUCGAAAACAGAUUAAAAACUUCGAACAGUUAAGCGAUGAAUCGGAGAAAAAAGCUGUUGAUCUGCGCCGUUCGCAAAAUACGGUGAAUAAUGAAUACCAAGCGCUGUGUCGGCAGUUAGGUAUUGCAGGGGAGAAUCUACGAGAAGAAUUGAUAGCAAAAGUUGGCGAGCUGCCGGAAAUGCUAACCAACGUGGCAAGUUCAGUUUCCGAUUUGAAAAAAGCAGUCGAAUUGUAUGCUUCGUUUUCGAGUAACGCCGAAUGUUUGCGUAUGCUGCGUCACGUUGCGAAUGUAGGAAAUACGACAGUCUAUGAAUUCCUCUACUCUGAGCCUCCUCUCUCUAUCGAGGUGCCCCCGAUGAAAUUUGCGUUGGAAAAGUCUGAGGCAGUCACGGCUGAACAAGAAAUUGAUUUCGGCAGUGAUGGAGGCGGUAUUGACUUUGGUGAUAUUGGUACUUCUGAGGUCAAUCUGGAAGUGGGGGAAAUUGACUGGGGUGUUCCCGAUGCGGCGGUGGAGCCCAACGCAGAGGUCAUAGAUUUCGAAAUUUCUUUGGAAGAGAGCGGUAUUGUGGUGGAGGAAGAUGGUAACGCUGGUGGAGUGGCGAAAGGGGAGGAAGCUUACAGUAUAUGCGAUUCGCCGACCUAUCGGGAGCGUUUGAUUAACGAGAUGCUAGAGUUGCAAGCUUUUUUGAAAAUGCGCUUGUACGAACUCAGCGCCGGCGGGGAUGCAGUGCACAUUUUAUCGCUAACAAUGAUGGACAGCUUUCCGGAUCAUGAUCCCAAACACUUGUCGCAGAUGCUUGCGCAGAUCGAUGUGGCGUACGGUAAACUCAACAGUCAGCAAAUCCAAUAUUUGCAUCAAAUAAAACAUUCUCCAAAAUACGUGGACAUUCUAACGUCAAAAUUGAAGCAGAAAUUGUUGGCCAUCGAUAAAAUGAAGGAUACGGAGAAACUAAUGCUAGAACGCGCGGUGACGUAUCGGCAGCAGAGUGCGGAUUUGAAACCUACGUUAACGAACGUCAUUGAACAGACCCGUAUCCUGCAGAAUCAAAUAGAACGCGAUAUUUCUAAGCGCUAUAAAAAUAGGGUUGUUAAUUUGAUGGGUGCUAAUUUAUAGAAACCUGGUAUGCUCCUGUUAUAGGAUACAAGAUGAGAUAUGUGUAAUCGAAAAUAAUAUAAAACUAACGGUUCAAUCGCUAAGCUAUCAUUUAUUGUUACACUAUUUUUGGGGUUAGAAUGGAACUUAAUGACCGGUUUUAUUAAAACAAAUGCGGAGUUUUCUACCUUAUUGUGGUGUUACGCUUGUUAAGUUGAUAAAAAUCAUUGAGUAAAUAAAAUACCUAUCUGUUCCAACAAGCCAGAGCGAGACUCAUUCAAAAUAACUCAACA